AUGUGUGAUGAUAAAGUGUCUGAGCUGCGGAAGGAGGUGGAAAGUACCUACAUGAGGCAGAUAAAGGGCGUGCCUGCACCUGCUCUGCACACUCUCUGCACAUACUGUCUAUGCUCUGCACAGUCUCUGCACACACUCACUCACACGCACGACAUGGAGAAGACUUUUGACCAACAGAACACAGAGCGCAUCAAAGCUGUGGACGAGUCGUUCCGUCCGUCCAUGAAGUCUCUGUUCAAAGAGGGUCGCGUUCUGGUGGGAGAAGGGCGUCUGCUGAAGCAAUGCCGCAGGAAAACACAGCCCAAAGUCUUCUUCCUCUUCAACGACGUGAUUGUGUACGGCAGCAUCCUGCUGCACGGCCGCUGGUAUAAGGACCAGAAGAUCAUCCCGCUGGAGAGCAUCAAGCUGGAGGACAUGGAGGACACAGCGAGACUGAAGAACCAGUGGCUGAUCCGAACACCUCGAAAGUCCUUUGUUGUGGCGGCUGCUUCAAAGGAGGACAAGCACUCUUGGAUGCAGAACAUAGAGCUGUGCAAAUCCAUCUUAGUGAAGCAGGGCCACUGUCCUUCUGAGGAGUUUGCUGUGUCCUGGAUGCCUGACAAAGCCUCCCAGAUCUGCCUGAUCUGUAAAGCUAAGUUCAAAACUUUCAAACGGCGUCAUCACUGCAGAAAGUGUGGCAUCCUGGUGUGUCACCAGUGCAGUAAAGAUAAAACUCUUCUCGGACACAUUAGUACCACCGAGAAGCAGAAGGUGUGCCGCAACUGCUACAAGAAGACAGUGGAAGUGGAUGGGAACUGGGAAAACUCAACAAAGGAAAACCGGGCGGAUUCCAGUGACGAGGAGAACCAGGAGGGGGAUGACUCCCUGCUCUACCUGACCCCCAGCACCUGGGUGGACCUAAGCAUGGGCACAUGGUCUGGCGGGGAACAUUACAUGUCUAUGCACCCUGCCAUCAACUGA